GUCGUUUGAUUGGUCCGAUAAAGGAGGCGAUAAAUGAUGUCAUACUUACAAGCUGUGGAGUGAGAGUGGUACACAUAUGUAUUAUACGUAUAUGUAUACAUGAACGAUAUUGUGUGCUAAACACCAUGUCGGAUGACGGACCGAAAUUCAUCAAAUGUGUUGUAUGUGGUGAUGGCGCCAUAGGAAAGACCUGUAUGCUGAUGAGCUACGCCACAAACAGGUUCCCUACGGAAUACGUGCCGACUGUAUUUGACAAUUACGCAGUAACGGUGGCCAUCAAAGACCAGCAGUUCCAGCUGGGCCUUUUCGACACGGCAGGACAGGAGGAAUAUGAAGGUCUCCGUCGGCUGGCAUACCCGGGGACACAUGUGUUCCUUUUGGCAUUUUCUGUGGUCAUGCCGGAGUCGCAAAGGAAUCUAGAACUUAAGUGGCUUCCUGAAAUACUACAAACACUACCCCCGCCUGCGUACCUUAUAGUGGGUACGCAGGCAGAUUUAAGAGAGGAUGAAGACAUCAAACAAAAACUCCAAAAACGGAGACAAAAGCCGAUAACAAUAGAGGAAGGACAACGAUUUGCCAAGCGACUGGACGCAGACUGUUAUGUAGAGUGUUCUGCUUUAACAAGACAAGGCUUAAAGGACGUGUUCGAUGAGGCUAUGAUAGCUGUGCUGGAUCCGAAAAAACGAAGACGGCCGCCAAAGAAACGGCGUCUCCAAUGUGUUAUAUUGUGAACUGCACGUGCGCCUUAUGUCGUUACAAUAUAAUGGUCUGACCCGUCGAUCGCUUGAUUAGUGUUAGCCGGAUAUACAUUUAUCUAACCCUUUGAGGUCACGACGGGCUAAGCGUGUGAGUAAUUCUAGUGGCCGGACGUUGACCGUUUAAAAUGUUAAAUUCUGGUGGCUGAAGGAUGACCGUUAGAGAUGUCUGGGUAAAGCACAUUGUGUUGUCGUCGGCAGAGAGAGGAUGUUUAACUGUCCAACACGAAGAACAUGUGGUGCAAGCAUAAUACAUAGUUAUAUAGAUUUAUGUUUAUUUCGUUUCAAAUUGUAAAGUAUUAAACUUCAGAUUGUACUCUGUUCAAGUAAUGUACUUCUUGAGUACCUGAAUGGUGACUCGAAAAUAAUCCAGCAUUGUUGUAAUAACCGCCCACGCUUAUCUCGCGUUUGAUCUGGUAACACAUCCAAAUGCCGUUAAUAAUAUGGGUGAUUUUCGAUCCACAAAUUAUUAGCUCUUAUCUCGCAUUGAGUGUUGAAGCCGAUAUGUACUUUCAUCUUUUAAUAUAAAUCAUUCCUGCAUUUUAUUCGUGAACAGUCCUGGUCGCCUUGGUGCUAAGGUGAUGCCGAUAUGUGUGUAUUGAUUUCAAGAGUCCAUCUUACUCUGGUGCUAAACCAAACCCAAUUCGUUUUCUAUUCUUACAAUCAGUGGCAAUAUCACUGGUCAACCUUCUCGACGUUGAAACAAGAAACUUGUCUCCGACACAAGAUUAUGUCUGCACAGAAGAUUGCAUUAAAAUUGUAUAGCGAACGGCAGAACAACUGUAUUCUGUGGAACAACAGUGAGAUUGGUGGGAACAAAAUGGGGGAAAACGAGUUGGAUUUUUGUCUUACCGAUUGUGAUGUCAGCUCAUUUAUGAGGUGACCACAGUGACUGAUAACAGAGCAUGUCACAUGGGACAGUUGUCGUAUAUUAGUAAACGCGGUUACUCAGCAAAUAUGGUAUAUACUGUACACUGAUUAACGUUGCCAAGUCAACCUUUCCCGAUUUUUAUUCCUCGAAAGUAGAAUUCUUCCUACAACAAUGCUAUACUAUUUCAGGCCGCGAAUAGCGAUAAAAUACGACCGAAAUUUAAGCACUAUGCACUAAAACUUCUUUUAUCAAACCUAAAAGGACAAUUCGGAAAUAUCAUUCUGUAGAAAGAGAUCAAUUGUGUUUCUGUAUUACAACACGAACCCUGAAAUAGUGUGUAAUUCUUUACCAUUUUUAUUUUGUAUAAAUUUCAUUUAGGGUUGUUUCCUCAUCAGUCUUAAUCGAAGGUGCUAUAUGUUUGGAUAUUUUUUACAGUGAUAUUUACCUUGUGUUCAGAGAAAGAUCUGUCUUCAAAUAAUAACUCUUAGUUCAAACAGAAUUGUAUUCAUAAUCAUGCAAUGUUAUUAUAUACAUGUAAUUUCAGAGGGAUUCGAAAACAAGCUUGGGGCUUAUAUAAAUUCUUCUCAACUACCGUAAACUCACGAAAUUGCAAAUUCAUCUGAUGAUGAAAUUCAUUUUGUUUGUAAAAAUAUGUAAACACGCAAUGAGGUUGAAAACUAAACAGAAAGUAUGCGUAGAAAACACAAGUGCUGAUAUAUUUUUUUUGACAAUCCUCUCACAUUUGUUCUCAGCUAAAGUAGGGUAAUUGUAUAAUGGCUUGAUUACUGGGUCAAUGCCGUUACAAACUGUCAUUAUGUACUAAUUAACACCGGCUGAAUGGCGGGACAACAAGUUAGUGGUAGUGGUUGGUGGCUUGAUUAACGAACCUCUAUUUGUUUGUUGCAUUUUCCCAUCUUCGCAAUAUAACGUCCAAACCGGCCAACAUGUCCAUAUAUGACCCUUUAUAUAAGAGUCAGUGUAAUGUAUCUAAAACAAUAUUACGUUGUAGUACGGAGAAUUUACGUCGGUAUGAUUUAGUUGUCUUUAAUUACUAGGAAACCACUUUGAUUUUGGUGUUUAUAUGUUAGUCAGAAUAACAGAAUCCUACCUAAACCCACAUGACUUUGUUGUAAAAUUUAUGUCGGCAUGUCUUACUAGUAUUUAUAUGUAAUUACAAGUGUAUUUGGAAAAUGAAAGUCUUCUGCAGAAAAUAUAUCAUACGCUAGUCAGUGAAGACGAAUGUCUCCAGAUUUUUUACACGGAUGGUCUUUUUUUUCAUUCUCUCUAUUAUUAUGAUAUUUAUAUUGAAAUUCUGAAUAAAAUCAUCGUGCUUAAUGUUUGUAAAUAAACGUUUAAUGCCCUUUAUUUUUAUCACAAGAGCAAAUAUUGAUAAACAACAUAUUAGUACAUAAUAAUUAAAUGUGAAGGGCGCAAUUAACAUGGGACGGAUUCAGAUUUUAUCAUUGAAGGCCGAAAGUGCAGCUGAGCGAAAGUUCUCUCGGUUUCAUAAGCUAUUCUUGGUUUCUAUGCAAACCUGUCUGUUUUGAAUUUAUAUAAACGAUUAAUACCACUCUGUCGUUGUUUGCACACUGUUUUAGUGACAUGACAUGAAGUAAUGACGAUUUUUCAGUAUAGAUACAUAUUUAUGUUUUUUUUUUAAUUUCAUCAUUUGUUUUUAUUGAUUUCAUUAAUAACAAGCGCUUUCUAAUCAAUUUCAUUUUAGUUUAUUUCUUCUGUAUGUGUUAUUGAGGCUAAAACACAAAAGCAUUCAAUUUGAAUCAUAAAUUUGAAUAAUUUUCCGAUGUAAUAUGAAAUUGUUUUAUCAAAAUAUAUAGAUAUUUUUUUCUUAACUGUUCAUCUCAUGGAAUGUACAAAACAGAUAUUAAAUGCAACAUAACACUGGCAUUUUAUCCAUUUUUACAAAACAUUGAAUUUUUGAUAUUUUUAUAAAAUUAACACCAACAUUAAGACAACAAUGUCGAGAAAAUCUAAGUUCAACGUUCAGAGUCCAUUUCUAUAUGCAUUAUGACGUCAAAUUUUGACAUACAAGUCACAAAGUCAAUGUUGUUAUGCCUAUCAAAACAUCAAUUUAGCAACAGUAACAUGUGAUAUACAGUAAAACCUCAUUAUACGCUAGCACUUAUCAAGAGCUAUUUUUACAUUAUAAAGGGAGUGGACGAUAAAUUGAUGGAAAGGUAUAUAGAAAUUCUUUAGAAAAGGUGAAAAAAAGACAUUGCAAUAAAUAGGCGUUAAACGAGGUGGCAAAUGAAACAAAGGGCCUUCUAUCGAGGUUUUACUGUAUAUCGAAAAUAUAUAAACAAUAACUGGUAAUCUAACGAUAUAUACAUAUCAGCGUUUAAAGACUCUAAUAUGUAUAAGAUAUAUUAGUUAAAUCUUUUAUCUUUCAAAUCCUUGAAAGAGGAAACAAAUAUAUUUGUACGUAAUAAGAUAGACACUUGUAUAAUGUGUAUGACGGCGUUAGCUGGUCGGGACUAUCCCUUUGUCCCAUUUCCUUGUAUAUUUUGCCCGGACUGUCAUGAUAAUGGUGCAUCACUACUUCCAGUAAUCGGACAUGCAGUACGUACUCUAAAACAAUUAUAUGAGAAAAUGAAUAUUCGGAUAUUGUUUAUAAAGCUUAUGGUGCUAUUUAUUUGUGUGGAAGAGAAUGCAUAAACGUGGAUGGAUUUACAUAUAAACACACGUACCAUUUGUUUACUUAAGUGCAGAUGUAGGAUAUCUUAAUAAAUAUAUUCUUUUCCAAAUUAUAAGUGAAUGACAUAAAUCCGGUCUGGAAAAAUGACGAUAAAAUGUUCAAUUGAAUUUUUUCACUAAGAAAUGUACAGGGCAAGAUCAUUUUUAAUUUGUUCAUUAAAUAGGAACUUCGUCAAAAUGUACUCCACAGUGAUUGCACAAGACAUUAGCAAAAACGUUGAUUUUCGUGGUUAUAUAUAGCUAGCCUAAUGUUACUUCAUCAAAUGCUAUGUAACAUCAAGUAGCUAACCUGGGCGUAUUUUUUUAUUAUUAUUAAUUGAUGAGUGUUGCAAAACCUCACUGGAAUGACUCAAGAACCGAGGGCAAUGUAGAGAUAUCUUUAUAUAUAAAUAUCAAGCCAGUCUAUACUUAGAAUGAGUCAGUAUCUUUGUAAAUAUUGGUAUCAUCCUUGAUGAGUAACAAGUAUCUCAGUAAGCACACAUCCGUGAAUAUAUUUGACAUAUUUGAUAUAAAUCGUCAUCAUGACGAAGUGAAAAAUUAUGCAUUCAGCCAAGUAUCAUUUUGAUUUUGCAAAUCUUUAAGAAUAUCUUAAAUCGGAAUGUGACACAACUGUACUAAAAGACAAAUGAGAUUUUUUGUUUUUACUAACCUUAUUUUUUGUGUCUUUUGUGUUCUUGUGAAUCAUGGUAAUUUUUUGCGGAGAACAUAUAUCAGGGUAAGUUUAGUGCUUUUAACCUGUGUUUAUUGCGCUUAUUGUUAUUUUUUUUUAGACAAUAUCUCAUAAUAGGAAUAUCUGUAGGAAAAUAUAAGGAAGAAUUUAUCCCGUUGUUUCUAUUCUUAAAUUUUUAAUGUGUGAAAACUUCAGUAUUGAUAUUUAUCGUCUUUAAAUUUUAUACGAAUAUUAUAAUUGUAAAUACUUAAUUUGUAAUUUUAUCUUGCCAUUAUUUUUGAAGUGUAUUUAACACUGAAGACAUUACAGGAUAAUACACAUGUCAUUACUUACAUAAACAUUUUUAAGCAUUUGCGUUGUUUUUAUCAUGUUUCCUUUUAAAGCAACAAAUGUAUUUUUAAUUUGUCACUUUACAAUACAAGCCACCGCGUUCAGUUAAGGCAACAUGCUACCUUUUUUGACAUACUUAAGGGUUUAUGUUUCCUUUCUGUUACACUAAAGAGUGCAUGCCACCUUUCUGUGACAUGCUUAAGGGUUUAUGCUACCUUUUUGAGACAAACUUAAAAGGUGAUAUCUAUCUUUUUGCAAUUUUCUUAAGGGUAUAUAUGAAACUAUUUUUCUACGAAAUAUUUCUUCUUUCUCAUCGACUGUCCGAUUUAGAAACAAAAGAUCGCUUAUGAAUGUAAUUUUGACGUCAUUUGUUAAUUGAUGACGUAAAGAAAAGGUACAAAUCAUUUACAAAUUUGUUCAUGCAGUCAGAUAAUCCUGACUAUUCAAUGAUAGAAAAUCUUAAUCACAUGUGUAAUAAUCACGGCAGCAUGUAAUCUUAUCGCAUUUACCAAACAACAAUAUCAAAAUCUGAGGUUUAUACAUUAACAUAUUUAUAAGAGAGAUAUGCUGCUCAUUGUUAACCGGUGCGUUAGCUGUAAUGUUACAGUCUAUCUUAUCUCAUUGUACAGGAAAUAUCUGAGAUUGUAUGUAAAUAUAUUGACAAUAUUAUGUAAGAGGAAUUCACAAACAGUGUAUGACAGAGAAAGAAUAUAUAAUAAUAUGUCACGUAUCAAAUUGUUGGUUAAAUAUAACACAUGAAUUUUAUUUUACAUUGUGUUAUUUUAAAAAGAUUCAGAAACAAUUUAAUAAAUAAAAAGAAAUUAAAUAC